GUUACGUCAUAUUUUCAAUAUGGACGACGUGUGAAGUUGCCUAUCAAUUUGUAGUUUAUUCGUAAUCGUAGCUUCGUAGCCUGUAAGAACAUUAGAUCAGUAGAUAAAAUGGGUGACAGUAUAACUAGCAGCAAGUCCAACUCCUCCCAGAAUGAGCCUGUAAUGAAAGGAUGGCUGUUCAAAUGGACAAACUACUUGAAGGGGUACCAGAGACGGUGGUUCGUGUUACAGAAUGGACACCUUUCCUACUACAGGGCCGAAAAUAACGGAGUGGGGGUGACAACAUUGACAGUUAGACGACGCAGACGCUUCAGACAUGGAAACCAAGCAGAGAUGGCGCAUACGUGUCGGGGCAGCAUAUCACUGCAUGGAGCACUCAUCUACACAGUGGACGCCUGCACCUUCGUCAUCACCAACGGGGGCACGCAGACAUUCCAUAUCAAGGCCGCGUCGGAGGUGGAACGACAAUCUUGGGUCACUGCUUUGGAGCUCGCCAAAGCUAAAGCAAUGUAAGUGUAUAUUAUACAUCUGUGAUUUGCUGAUAAACCUACUUGAGUGAACUUAAUAGUGUUCCCUAAGAGCAUGGCAAAGAUCCCCUCCUAUAAAAAAUUAAAUAUCAUCUGUUAAUAGAGUUAUAUGCAUAAUUAAAGUUGGCUUUUCACUAUGAC